CAUGCGUUCAAUCUCGAUGCCAUUGCUCGCGUCCUCGAAUUUCAGUUGGCUUUGCGUCGUGGUUGCUCGGGUGACGCGUUUUCCACCAAUAUUCUCCGCAGAGCACUAGCGCCGCCGACGAAUUAAACCCCACUGGGCUUCUUUCGGUGUCCGUGGUCGUCGUGUUGGCACGAAAGAGCUUCACCCGUGCGUCCGGACCACUGGGUGCGAAAGAGAAACAGUAACAUGAGAGAUGAUCACACUGUGUAGAACCCACUUGGAAAAACAACCCACAGAGAGCGAGCAAAAAGGAGGAAAAUUAUAGCUCCGCCAGAGCUUCAAGCAAAACUUCGAACCGAGCAGUCGCAGCCGGGUCCGAAGCGAGUUGAGUUUUUUUUAGAGUGCGACGUUCAAUAAAAAUUUAUAUACUCCAUCAUAAUCGUUUAUCACACUCGGUGAGUGAAGGCAGUGAAAAUCGGAAGCAGCGGAAAAAAAUUGGAGACGAUCAAGAGCAGGUCGAUCCCGGGAAGGCUACGGCAUACAUUUUCAGUUGUUUAUUUUUUCCGUACAAUUUCGUUUUAUAGUUUUAGUUAUAUUGUUGCUAUCAAUAUCUAAUAACAUACAAAAGUCGAGAAACAAGUGUAAAAUCAUAACGAUCUAUUAAAACAUUUACAACACACAUGCCAGUGCUGAAUGAAAGACAAAACGAAGGUGAUGAGAGGAUAAGGCGGUUAAAUACGCAUAAAUUUAACACAUCGUAAUAAUCAUAAACAGUAAAUUCACGUACGAGUUUUUGCUUAUGUGAACUGUGCGGUAGCCAGUGGAAACCACCAUCAAUCGAUCGUUUUUAGAAAGUAUUCUAAUUUACGAAUGUGUCGCACGUGAAGUACCGUCAAAAGAUUGUGAUUGUUCGAUUGAUCUGAAUUCAGCUACGAUAAAUCGAAGAAAACAAAAAUCAACUGUUCGCGUGAGUGAUAGUGAAAUUUUUGAAAACCAUCAUACGAAUGAUAGUUACAUUUUGAUAUGAGCUGAAGAAAGGUUCCACGUGUUAAUUCGUAACCUUGUAUCGUGAAGUGUGAAGAUCGCUUGAAGAAACCUUUAGAGCAAGAACAAACAAGUUGAAACCAAACAAGUUAUGAUCAUUAAAAAAGUUUUGGGGUUUAGUUUGCCGGUUCAGAUAGUUUGUUGGAAAAGCGAUCAAUGGAGGUCUCCGUUCAGUGUCAGCAGAAAAGCAAUGAUAAUCACUACUCGUCCCUCAGAGUUAGUGAUUUGCUCAUAAGGAAGAACAUACCCAACAUACUAGGACGAAGCGGCAUUCUGGCAAGUGCGGCUUACGGGUCGCACGCUGCUGCCGGGGCCUGGUGGGGGCAACACUCCCAUUCAGUGCACACGGCCGGUGCUGCCAUGUACGAGGACCCCACUGGAGGCCACACCGGUGUUGGAGGAAGAAGUCCACCGUCCCUACAGAAUACCACCCACAGUGCAAACCAUAUCGUACAGCAGCAGCAACAGCAAGCCCAACAGCAGGCCGCAGCACAACAGGCACAACAGCAGCAGCAGGCACCCCCUCAGGUGCCAUCCCAAGCCUCAUCACAACAGACUAAUUCCUCCAGCACUGGCCAGCAGAACAGCUCGGUCGUUUCCUCCCAGACACAGAUCGUGGCUCCUUCAACUGCCAGUGAAUCACCUGCCAGUGUGAGCUCGCAACCUUCAGGCCCUAUUCAUAUACCAGCAAAACGUCCAGCGUUCGAGACCGAUUCGUCCCGCCUGAGGCACUCGUACCCGUGGGGGUACGACUCGGGGGCCGACUCGGCCUACCAUCCGCAAUAUCCGUACGGCCUGGGGGCCGACAUCAAGCCAAUGUACUACCCGGGCUACCCAACCGAUGCCAACUUCCAGCCACACCCCUACUAUCCUAAGUAUGAACCAGACGCAUACAUCGCAUCCUCCGAGCGAUCUCGGGCCGUGACGGGCGAUGCACCUUCACUGCAAUCCAGCUACGACACCUACAACACCCCCGGGUUGCGGCCGUACUCGAGCGAAACAUAUCCUAAUCCCGUCGGUUCGAGCAUUUCGGUGGGAGUGAGCGGAGUAGGAUCCUGUACACCAUCGAAUCCGCUGGAAUGGACGGGCAAUGUGACGGUGCGGAAGAAGCGAAAACCCUACUCCAAGUUCCAGACUCUCGAGCUGGAGAAAGAGUUCCUAUUCAAUGCCUACGUUUCCAAGCAGAAACGAUGGGAGCUGGCUCGGAAUUUGAAUCUGACUGAGCGACAGGUGAAAAUAUGGUUCCAGAACCGACGGAUGAAGAACAAAAAGAACUCCCAGCGGCAGCAGGCCCAGUCCAACAACAGCAGUAGCAGUAACUCCAGUCACAACCACGCCCAGCAGCAGUCCCAUCACAAUCCGCACCACCUGAACCUGGGUCUCGGAAUGCCCCUGCACGGAUCGAAGAUGCAUCAGUGACCCUUGGAGCACCCCCACCAGGACGACGCCAACGCACAGCUGAAGAUGGAAAUGUGUGACGUCCCGACCGCUCCGAUGUGCAGCCACAUCCCGCACCCCCAUCUGAUCAACUAUCACCACUAGGCGGGACGGAAAUACCGACGGGAUUUAGAUAGCGAUGGCCCCGUACGGUGGCAAUCAUCGGAGCGACCCCCUUGAUAAUACGUAACAAAUGCGCUAUAUAAAACAAGCCAGGCCACCAGUACUAAAUGCUUCUCCAGUGUGUGUCGUCGAUGUGCGGAAUGAGGAUUACUGAUUAAAUUAAACUAAUUGAAAAAAAAAGAUCAUAUGGCAUGUAAAUAGUACAACUAAGCUAAAUCGAGUGAGGAAGGAAACGAACAUAAUUCUUUUUCCUUUUAGGGAUCUGAUAUAUCUGAUAUCAGACGAAAAACAGAGAGAGAGCAUAAGCCCAUUAAAGUUAGUGAAUAACUAGGAUUUGACCCAAAACAUUAAUUGAAAAAAAAAUAUGGAAAAUAAUUUGUCACGGAAAAUUCAAUUUCCUCGGUUAUAAGUUUACGUACAAAUCGAAGGAAGGAAACAAACUCGUGAAUCAAGCAUUGUGAAAAUGGCACGAAGGCAAAAGCAUGUGAUCAUUAUUUUAGUUGUGUAGUAUUUGUCGUCCUUCACAUCACGGUGUCUCAGCUCCCCUCUACCCUGUUUUCCUUCGUCCGUUUCGUUGUUUGCCGCACAGUUGGCGAACUGCUAGCUUCUGAUUUUUGCUCAGUUUUGCUUUCGUGGGGAGCUUGUAACCGAGUAGCGCCCCACGUCAAACUUAGUUGAAAUUCUGUCGAUAAUGGAAACAAGCAGAAGACUCUUGUAUUAGUUUUAUAAUAUGAGUUACGAUUAGAGAUGUUUAUCGGAAAGGUGCGUUCCUUUUCGCUUUUUUAUGUUUUUUGGAAUGCCUUACUUCCCAUUCAUACCAGUGACGUUUCUGAACAAUAUUUAUUUUCCAGUUACUGUUUUUUUUCGGUUGCAAACAAUAAUCAAACGCGUCUUUGUUGAAAUUUGAAGAGUGUCGGUAGUAUGCUACAUUAUUAUUCGUUAGGUUGACUUUAGGCAAAUCUGUGUUCCGUUGAUAUCUAUUUUUGCUCACAUAACCACACAAAUACAAGCUAGUGAUUUAUUUUUCAGUUAAAGAGUAGGAAACCCAAAAAUCAAAAUGAACGGUCGUUAACUGUCAGCGUUUUGGCUAGUUGACAGCUGUUUUAGAGCCUUUCUAUUCUUAUAUAAUUUUAGAAUGACUACCGGGAUGAUUGCAAAUCUUUUACGUUGAACAAAACGUAUGAUUAUUUAUGUAUUUUUAUUUGUACAUAUACAGUAAAACAUCAACAAUUUUUGGAUCUAAGAUUGAUAGUUAAACGAUAAGGAUAUUAGUGCUAGAAUAAAGUGAAAUGUGUCUCCGAAAGAUAGAAACAAUUGUAGUACUGAGCAAGAGCGAACAUUCUCUUUCUUAAUAAAAAACAUCAAAAACAGUUUUGAAAUUAUAAAAUGUGCUCAAACUUUUCACAAAGCAAAUCAUAACUUUAGUAAUGACGAUGAUAUUAAGAGCAAGAAAAUCAUGUUUAAAUAGACGAAAACAAGUCAAGCAUUAUCGUACUGUGUAAAAACCAGUCCCUAUCCACCAACACUAGUGAUGUUAUUCUCUACUCUGCCACCAAAUAGAUUCCGUUUUCAAUCCGUACUAAGACAUUGGACAUUAAGCCCAGUUACUUCGAUUAGGAACCGAAGAAGCCUCUCAAACGAAUUUCAAUAAAAUUUAAUCUAUCGGAAGUAGACGAGUCUGUUUCCUUUAGUCCGAUGAAACGGAAGUAAGACAGCUCAGAUAACUGGAGCUGAAUAAACUACUGAUCACAACUAAUAAAUACACCUAGAAUCAUGUAAAUAGAACAUUAGUGCGCCAGUUCAGAUCAGCUGGGAAAUCCUAAGGCUCUAACAAUUUCCUAACAAUCAGAGAACUCAGAAUAGAAAAAUAAACGAUCUUUGAACGCUAACCUAAUGAGGAGACGCACGUGCAAGUGAAACACUAAUUGCAGAAUAAGAAAACCGAUGCAAAACAUGACUAGAGAAUAACGCAAAUGUAAUGAAAGAGCAUUUUAACUAUUGUAAUUUAAAAUUAAUUAGUUUUAACAUAAUGACUUUAAAUAAACGUAUUAAUAUAUUAA